AAAUAAUUAAAAAAACAUAAAACUUUUGAUAAAUCAAACAAAAUAGUAAAACGAUGUUCUGCGCCCCCACCCCACCCUUAGGCUUUGGAACUCUUCAACUGGAAGGAAGGCAGGAAGGAAGGAGAGGACCAACCGAGCAACCCGCAGCAUGCGGCCCAGGAUUCCCCCUCCACAAUAUGAAUCUUGAUCAUCCUGGGCUCGACUCCGUUUUGUCUUUCUGUAUCGGGUUUGUGGUCGUGGGUCCUACAUCCCUCCUUUCCGUUUCCAACUUCCAACUGACAGGCAGCCGUCUUCUCUCUCUCUCUCUCCUCUAGCCUCCGCCCCCACCAACCGUGGCCCAUUUCAUCACCAACCCCAGCGUAUUCCCUCUCUCUCUCUCUCUCUCUCUCUCUCUCAUAAGUUAUAAACAACCCAACAAGCUUCACAAGUCUCUGCAGGUCCCUCUGUAACUAUCUGAGAAGCUCUGUUUUGGACCGUUAUACAAUUUUGGCAUUCUUCAUUGUAACAAAAAUGAAUUUCACUUUGUGUUCGUCAUCUUCGGAGCUCAGAUAUACUUUUGUUGAGGGGUUGCCAUGUACAAACAAGAAUAUGGUGGACUCUGAGCCUUUUGUGAAGGUUGAUAAGUUCAAUAAGAAGGAUAGUACUCGAGCAUCUAAUCACAAUGCUAGAAAGCUGUUGAUGUCUAGCAAUUUGAUGCCUCAGCGCUUAAAAGGAUCCAAUAUGGGAAGGAAACAUCUCAAGGAACCUGGUCGGAAACUGGAAUUUGUGAGGACAUUGCUGAUUGACAACUAUGACAGCUACACAUACAAUAUAUACCAGGAGCUGUCUGUCAUUAAUGGGGUGCCUCCUGUGGUCGUGCGGAAUGAUGAAUUGACAUGGAAAGACAUUCGCUAUUACUUGUAUGAAGAAAAUGCUUUUGACAAUGUUGUUAUAUCACCUGGACCUGGUUCGCCAGCAUGUCCAGCAGACAUAGGAAUAUGUCUUCAGGUGCUGCUUGAAUGCUGGGAUAUCCCUAUUUUGGGCGUUUGCCUUGGACAUCAGGCUUUAGGUUAUGUGCAUGGUGCUAAAGUUGUCCACGCAUCUGAACCAGUCCAUGGACGGUUGAGUGAAAUUGAGCACAACAGGUGCAAACUUUUCAAUGAUAUCCCUUCCGGCCACAACUCAGGAUUUAAGGUGGUUCGGUACCAUUCACUUGUUGUAGAUGCUGAAUCCCUCCCAGAUGAACUCAUUCCUAUAGCAUGGACUUACUCCAGGGAUGCACUUUCUUUUAUUGAAACCCAGAAGUCUGAUGUUCCCUCAGAAUUUGCUGUGGGAUCUUUUCCAACAAAACCAAAAAAUGGAAGUUUUUCGCCUUUCAGUUGUUCUGGCAAAGUGCGGAGCGAAAAGGUUCUCAUGGGCAUUGUGCAUUCUACCCGGCCUCAUUAUGGUUUGCAGUUCCAUCCAGAGAGUAUUGCGACCUUUCAUGGGAGGCAGAUAUUCAAGAAUUUUAGAGAGAUCACAGAGGACUAUUGGCUGAAUUCGAGGGCAUCAUUCAUCAAGAAGCGGAAUUUUGAUUAUACAGCGUGCAUGCAGAUGCCCAAUGCUAGUCGACUCCUCACAGAAGUUCCUAGACAUAGGCAACUAGUAAGUAAUUCAGAUGGUCAGCUAUAUAACAAGAUUUCUAGAAGGAAGAACAGUGAAAGUAACACAAGUUCUUCUGGUGCGGUCAAUAUGGUAAACCUUUUGCAUCCAGGCAUUGGUGUUAAAUAUCUAAAGUUGAGAUGGAAGAGAUUUAAGCAUUUGGCUGGUCAAGUUGGUGGAGCAAAAAAUAUAUUCUGUGCACUGUUUGGACAUCAUAAAGCUGAAAAUACCUUUUGGUUGGACAGUUCAUCGAUAGAAAAGAGAAGAGCACGGUUUUCAUUUAUGGGAGGAAAAGGUGGAACUCUUUGGAAGCAGUUGACCUAUAAAUUAUCAGAUAGAAGUGAUACGACUUUGAAGGGCAGUGGUUUUCUAUCAGUUGAGGACGCUCAAGGCUCUACAGAAACACAGUUUUUGGAAGAAGGGUUUCUUGAUUUUUUGAAAAAGGAGCUCAUGUCAUUUCGGUACGAUGAAAAGGAUUAUGAAGACCUUCCAUUUGAAUUUCAUGGUGGAUAUAUUGGUUACAUGGGGUAUAGCCUUAAAGUUGAAUGUGGUGCAUCAUCUAACUGCCACAAAUCCAGGACUCCAGAUGCUUGCUUUUUCUUUGCUGAUAAUCUUGUAGUUAUCGAUCACUGCUCCGACGAUGUUUAUAUACUGUCUAUUAACAAAGAAUGCACAAGCACGACACCAUGGUUGGACAAUACAGAACAAAAGCUUCUCAGGUUAAAAGCUUCUGCUACAAAUGAGGGAGAGGAGCCAACCUUACAGGCUUUUCGAUCUUCUCAGUAUCAAGGAAGUUUUGUUGUUGAUAAAUCAAGAGAGCAGUAUAUAAAAGAUGUCGACAGGUGUCUGGAAUACAUUAAAGAUGGUGAAAGCUAUGAGUUAUGUCUCACAACUCAGAUGAGAAAAAGAAUUGGGGAAAUGGACUCAUUAGGACUUUACCUUCACCUUAGGGAAAAAAAUCCGGCACCAUAUGCUGCCUGGCUUAAUUUUUCAAAGGAAAAGCUUUGUGUCUGCUGUUCUUCCCCAGAGCGGUUUCUACGGUUGGAUAGAAAUGGUGUACUAGAAGCAAAGCCCAUUAAGGGCACUAUAGCUCGUGGUGCAACACUAGAGGAAGAUGAACAACGCAAACUAAAGCUGCAAUACAGUGAAAAGGAUCAAGCUGAAAAUCUGAUGAUUGUUGAUCUUCUAAGAAAUGACCUUGGCCGUGUGUGUGAGCCCGGUUCUGUUCAUGUGCCCCAUCUUAUGGAUGUAGAAUCAUAUGCUACUGUCCAUACUAUGGUGAGCACAAUUCGCGGGAAAAAGCGGUCAGAUGUAAGUGCAGUUGACUGUGUGAGAGCAGCAUUUCCAGGCGGUUCAAUGACAGGUGCACCAAAAUUAAGAUCAAUGGAACUUCUUGAUUCGAUCGAAACUAGUCCACGAGGAAUCUACUCAGGGUCCAUUGGUUUUUUCUCAUAUAACCAGACAUUCGAUCUCAACAUAGUUAUCAGAACUGUUGUUGUACACGAGGGUGAAGCUUCAAUAGGCGCGGGAGGAGCCGUUGUUGCGUUAUCAAAUCCUGAAGACGAGUAUGACGAAAUGAUGCUGAAAACGCGCGCCCCGGCAAAAGCUGUAACGGAAUUCUUGUAGGGAUUGUAUUUUCCACAUUUUUCCUUGUGGUGAUUGUUUCCGUAGUGUCAAAGAAGAUACAGGCAAUAUAGCUUCGUGUCACUAUUGAUUUCAUUGUUCAUUUUGCCAAAACAAUAAAAAGGAUGUUCCUUAAUUAAAAUUUUAUUCGAUUUGUAA